AUGACAUUCAAGAGCAACUUUUUCGGAUCAUUUGCCGCUGGACUUUUUAUUCCGCCAAACACAAUCGACUUCGACAAGGUUUUCGCCAGUUUCUCUGCACUCUUAGCUCAAAGCCCGCACGUUCUCAUCGUUAUGUGUUCUCUGUUUGUGCUGUAUUUUCUAUUUCUUAUAUGGGCGAGGAGAAAAGAUAAUCAGGAUGAUGAGAAGUGGGAGUACACUCACCUAAUAGAAAAUGACCGCUACGACAGAGGCAAGUAUUUACUAAGUGUGUACACUGGUGUGAAGUCCCCGGCGAAGACGACCGCCAAGCUGUUUGUAGUGCUGUAUGGCAAAAACGGCCAGACCCAGCCUAAGGUUCUGAUGGACGGACGCCGGGAGAAUUUCACUAGAGGAGCGGUGAACAAUUUUGUCCUCACCACGCCUGAAACAAUUGGCAAGGUUACACAUCUACAUAUAUGGCAUGAGGAGACAAAAAGUAGCGGGGACUACUUCCUGGAGAAAGUUGUCGUGUACGAUAUCCUGCGAAGGGAAAGGUCCCAUUACUUUUGCAACCAGUGGUUAUCAAUGUCAAGGGGAGACCGGGCCAGAGUUCGCUUUUUGGCGUCCGCAGACUUCGAGGGAAUGAACGACUUCAACCUCCUCCUCACCAACAACGCCAGCAAGCGUUUGUUUGACAAUCAUCUCUGGUUCUCGGUGGCAAAGAGACCAACGCCCAGCAGACUGUCAAGGGUGGAGCGUCUCACCAUAUGCAUCGUGGUCUUAUUUCUGUGCAUGGUCUCCAAUGCCAUGUGGUUUACAGAGAGUGAGGACACAACGACCGGCAUACAAGUGGGACCUAUUAGGAUCACGUUUAGGCAGUUGUGGGUAGGGCUCGUAAGUAGCGUUCUGGUUGUUCCUCCCACGCUCAUCAUCCUUGAAGUCUUUAAACGAGGCAAACCAAGAAAUUCCUGCACCAGCAUCUUCCCAACAGAGAGGAUCGAUGGCCACCAGGAGAACAAGUCUCUCGAAAAAGGCUAUGAGAAAUUCUACUCAGCUUUACGAAAAUUAAUCACAAAAGAAACACAAAACAGCCCCAGGUAUAAGAAGAAAGAUGCUAUCAUCGACAUGCUCGCCGACCUUCAGUUUGAAAUGGAAGAAGAAAAGAGGGCGUUGUCUUUUAAGGGGAAACGAAAAAGCAAACCCGUCAGGUUUCCGUGGUGGGCCGUGAUAUUCGGUUACGUUCUUGCUUUCUUGGCAGUCUUCACGUCGGCGUUCUUCACCUUGUUGUACAGUCUGGACUGGGGUCCGGAGAAGUCCACGGACUGGCUCCUCUCUCUUAUCUUCUCUCUGACGCAAUCCAUCGCUCUCACGGAACCGUUGAAGGUCUUGCUGGUUGCGGUGCUGAUGGCGUGUCUGCUAAAGAUGCCGGGGGAUGAGGAAGAGGAAGAAGACAUGGUGAUAGCGGAGCACGCGCCCCCAAAAGGUUCACUUUUCAUCAUUGUUAUUAACAGAGACAAAAAUUUCUACCGACAGAACCACAACUUACAGAACAGCUUACAGUUGGUUGAUAUAAGGUUUGCUAAAGUACAGCGGAUAGAAACCAUCUUCUCCUGGUUAAAUGACACGAUUUUCCCGGCCGUUUUUCCCACUGAAGAUUACAAUGGCGACCCGUACACGGAGGUAGACGAUCUAGCCUUCAUCCGGGACAUGAGGGGGCUGCGUCUGGGACCCUUGCUGCUAAGACAACUAAGGGCGAAAGAAAGUUGGGUAGCUUCAGCCAUGAGCAACGCUUCACGAGUGACCCAAGCGUUUGUAUACUCUGCCCCCUCCAGUCGUAACGACUUGACCGUCUACGGUCAUCUUGACCACUACGAGGCAGGCGGGUACAUGGUGGAGAUUAACUCGGCCCAGGACAGCGUUCACACUUUGACCAGUCUUAAAGACCUUAACUGGAUUGAUCGUUUGACCAGAGCGGUGAUUGUGGAACUUACCGUUAACAACGCCAAUGUGAACGUCUUCUCCAUGGUUCGAAUCAUCGUGGAACUGCCGGCAAUGGGAGGGAUAUUUAUCAAGAAAGAGCUGGUCAGUUUCAGACCUUACCCUUACGUUGAACCCUUCGACUUCGUUCUUCUCAUCGUCCAAGUCAUCUGGGCACUGUUGGUCAUCGCACUGUUGGGGACAGAGGUUGUUAAGAUGGUCAAAUUAAAGAAGCAGUAUUUUCGCCAGAGUUGGCACUACAUUGUGCUAGGGGAUCUCUGCCUGGCGUUCACUAGCAUGGUGUGCUUUGUCCUCAGAACUGUGUACAUCAUACGGGCGGUUGAGGAUGUGAAGAAUAGCGGAGGUCAUUUCGUUGGCUUUGAUCGGGUCGCCAUCUGGGACAACGCCUACACAGUUACCAUCGCCAUUGACCUCUUUUUGGCUACUCUACAGUUAUUUCGGCCACUGACCUUUAAUAAGCACCUUGCUAUUGUCCAGUCGGCUUUGAACCGAGCGUUUAUCGCAGUGACCACGUAUAUGUUCAUAUUUGGUAUUUUACUAUUUUCCUAUGCACAGGCUCUGAACUUGGUGUCUGGUCAGGUCAUAUCUGCGUUUCGGACACUUCCCUUCGCCAUGUUGAAUCUAUUUGGUGUCAUGUUGGGGGUAUUGAAAUACUCCCAUAUUAUGACAGCAGAAAGCUUUCUUGCUAGGAUGUUUUUCACAGCCUUCACCAUGACCAUGAAUUUCAUUAUCCUGAAUAUGUUUAUAUCUAUAAUAAAUGAUGGACUGACGGAGGUGAAGGGGAACGAAGAGCUCCAGGAUUACGAUGAAGAAUUGGCAGAACACGUGUGGACUAAACUGGGCUCGCUAGUACGGGCCAUAUUUCGAAGGAAGGACAAUUCGGCUCUUUCUGAUGAAAUUCCAGCGGCUGAAGGAUCACCAGAGAAGAAAGUAGAUGCGACACUUAGUCCCAAUCCUCGGGGAGGUGACGCUACGGCGAAAAACGGUGAUCCCCGUCCAAAGAAACAAGGACACCGACGACAUAGCAAGCCCAAAUUGACUUCCUCAAGAAAAGAUAGAAAACAGAAAAAGCUGAAAAUUUGCAUUGUUGCUUUCUCGCAAAAGGGACGAAGAUCAAGCAAAAUAGCAACGGAAAAUAAGUGGAAGAGUACGGAAGAAAAGUUGAUGCAGAUAUUCAACACGUACAGCAAAAACGAAAGCCUACAAGAAAAAUGGAGGCAAAUCGUUGACGAAAUACGAUUUCAAAAUCGCUCUAUAAAGGGUUACCGAAAUCAACUAUCGAAAUGCCAGAAGAGCGAAAGUGACCUACAACGAAAAGUGGAACCGGUGUGUGUAAAAUGGCAAGAAGAAAACCAGUCCAAGCUUACCGAACGUGAACCACCGAAGAAAUUCGCACAAAACGUUGACUGCAAUAGUGUUGAACCAAGUGUCCAAAACGACGCAAACGUCGUUCCUUCUGGCAUCACGCCAUUGGAGUCGAGUAGAGGCGAUUUAGCUAGAGCUGAAACCCAAGAUGAGGUGAAAACGAAGAAAACCAAAAAGAAACUGAAGAAGGCAGUAAAAGAAGCCAUGCAGGCCCUCAGUGUAUUGGAACAGAUGGGCAAUAAAGGUGACAAUGUAGACAAUGCAGAAGGUAAAAAGAAAACAGAAAAGAAGCAAAGAGCGAGGUUGAAUGACACUGAUUGAGGCAACUUUAAUAAUAUGUAAAUGUACAUUUUUAAUAAUAUGUGCAUGGGAUAAUAAAGGAAAAUUCGGCUAUUCCAAUGGAUUCCCAAUACCACCAGCCGGUACACAAUUAUGUGUUAAAUACAACAGUGAGGACACGCAGUGAGCUAAUCACGAAGUCACCCUUGAAAACAGCCAGAUGAGUACAACACUCAACAGACUAACGACAUUUCAGUUUGUUUUGUUUAAUCAUGUCACAGCCAGAACUUACAAUGUUUUUUUUAUUAAAAACAGGCAUUUUCAGUCUUCUUCAGGAUGUCUC